GGUGAUACGUACACGCAUGUAUGACUGCCAUGAUAAUGACAUGACAUGGGUUGGUUAUUAAAACCAAAAUGAAUACAAAUAUUUUCAGGAAUUACGAAACACUACUAUUUGGUUUCCAUAUAUCGAUGUUAUUACAGUUAAUGACCUGGGUAGCUGAAAUAGAGUCUACGAGCACCGACAAAACAGAACUUUUACUUUCAAAUAAGGACUAUGAUAAAGAUGUUUUGUCCGGGGGGAACCUAAAAAUCGACUUUGAAGCACGUACACCCAGUAGCACAGCUCCAGUAGGGAAAAUUACAAUAGAAGGACAGGGUCCACCAUCAACAGGAACACAACAACCAAAUCAACCAACGGAUAAUUCAACAGUACCACCAGUUUCGACAAAGAAUUCGACAGUAUCACCUGUUUCGACAAAUAAUUCAUCAGUUCCACCUGUCCUGACAAAUAAUUCAACAGUACCACCUGUUUCGACAAAUAAUUCAACAGUACCACCUGUCCUGACAAAUAAAUCAACAGUACCACCUGUUUCGAUAAAUAAUUCAACAGUACCACCAAGUCAUUUUGUAAAUUUGACUCCACCAUCCGGAGUUGGACGAUCUAAGAUGAAAUAUGACUAUGGUAAUGCCAUGGGACUUUCCAUCCUAUUUUAUGAUGCUCAGAGAUCUGGUAAACUUCCUAGUAACAACCCAAUCUUAUGGAGAGGUGAUUCUGCAAUGGGUGAUAAUGGGGAUGGACACGACCUAACAGGAGGCUGGUAUGAUGCUGGAGAUCACGUCAAAUUCAACCUUCCGAUGGCAACGUCAGCACACGUUCUAGGGUGGGGAUUGGAGAAAUUCAAAGAUGCCUAUGAACAUGCUGGAAAACUGGAUGACAUGUAUGAUUGUUUAAGAACACCACUGGACUAUUUCCUGAAAUGUUGGAUUCCAAGCCAGCAAACUUACUGGGUUCAGGUAGGUGAUGGUGGAGCAGACCACGCUUUCUGGGGAAGAGCAGAGGACAUGCACAUGAGUAGACCAGCUUAUAAAAUUCACCCCGGGGCACCAGGAAGUGAUGCUGCAGGAAACACAGUUGCAGCACUUGCUAUCGGAGCAGUUGUUUUCAAAGAGAAAGAUACUGGUUACAGUGCUAAAUUAUUGGAAGCUGCUAAAUCCUUGUAUGAGUUCGCAAAAGCUAAUCCCGGUAUAUAUUCAAAUAGCGUUCCCCAAGCAAAGGCUUUUUAUGGAUCCUCCGGAUAUACAGACGAAAUGUGUGAAGCAGCAGCUGAACUAUAUAAAGCCACAAAAGAUCAAAAAUAUUUGACAGAUGCAAAGUCUUUCUACGAUCCUACACUAGCCUGGGGUUAUUUUUGGGAUAACAAACAACCAGGUUGUCAGCUUCUACUCUGGGAAUUAACUCAAGAAACUAAAUAUAAAGCUAACAUGGAAGAUUUCAUUGCAUCAUACGGACCUGGUGGAUCGAUAUCUAUGACACCAUGUGGAUUGACUUACAGGGGAAAAUGGGGAUCAAACAGAUAUGCUGCUAAUGCCGCUUCCAUUGCCGUGAUUGCUGUUGCUGACGGAAUAGGUGGGGAUAAAUUUCUAAAUUACGCCAUGUCACAAAUAAACUACAUCUUAGGUGACAAUAAUUUACGUUUGAGUUAUGAAAUAGGAUUUGGAAAUAAUUAUCCGAAGAGGCCUCACCACAGAGGAGCUGCAUGUAAGCCAGGUCGGUGUGCGGCCUCAUCGCAAGAUAGUCCAAAUAUUGUGUACGGUGGACUUGUGGGUGGACCAGAUCAGAAUGACGACUAUCAAGACAAUCGAGAUGAUUAUGUCAAAAAUGAAGUCGCUUGUGAUUACAAUGCAGGUUUCCAAACUGCAUGUGCAGGUCUCUACCAUUUCGCAAUCAAUAACCAGCUGCCUCCUGCCGAACCGGCAAAAUGUUGAUUUUCAUAUACCGACCUUUAAGACU